UCAUAAGAAAAUUUGCCAGUGGCUUCUCUCUUAGGUUCGUUGCAAACAUGCCAUUAUCAUCAACAACUCCCACUACUUCACUAGCUUCUUCUUUGGUGAAUUCCACGAAGAUCCACUCCCCAAAAGUGUCUCUAAAGUCCAGUUUUUUAAUGCAAAAAACGUGAAAAUUAUUGAAACUUGAAGGAAAACAAAGAUCCCUUCGAGCCAUGGUGGAUACUCAGUGAAGAUGUCAUGGGAUCUUCCUCCUCCCUCUGUCAAAUUAAUCAUUCAUGGAAAACUUGAAGGUUGUUCUUUAAACUCUUUAAAGAUUGAAGUUUUGAUUCUUUUGUUUUUUAAUGUAAGAAUUGAAAACGCACUAUAUUUUUUGGAUUUUUUUCUGUCUAAUUUGUGAUUGUAACAAAUGUUUGGAUGUAACAGUUGAAUUUUAUGAAUUGAAUUUUAGGUUUUUUGUGAUUUUGGGUUACUGUGUUUACUAAAAGUCAUGGGGUGGUGAGGGUAGAGGAAGAUGCGGAGAAAUCUAAGCAAGUAUUGAUUUGGUGUCGUCAAUUAUUCAACAAGUUGAUGAAGAUUAAGGACAAGGAAUCCGAUCAUGGUAGACACAUGAAAGGAUUUAAUAAGUUUAAGGUUAGGGAGCCAAUGUCACAAGUGGUGGAGAAUGAUGCAGAUACAGUUUCACAGCGAAAAGAUGACGACAAUCUUGAUGAGGCUGUUCACACAAAGUACUUUGACAUGCCACCUGUGACUGUCGAUGAAGCAAUUGUGCGGCUGGGAAAUGUGGAUCAUGCCUUCUAUGGUUUCAGGCAUGCUGAAAGGGCUAGAUAGAGAAUUUGAGAUCAAGUGAACUCAAACUAAUGAGAUGUAUUGACAUGCUUGUAUGAGUUAGUUUAUGGAAAAUCAGACCCACUAUGUUGGCGUCCAAACUUACAGGGACGAGAAAAAAGAAUUUUGGAAUCACUAUUCAAUUUAUAUU